UAAACCGAGUAAAGUUUCAAAAGACAACCACGUCCUAACAUUCUUAACCAGCUUUUGUCAAAUCGUUUUGAAUAAAUUCAUCUUAUACCUACUAUGCGCGACAUACAGAGUGCUGCAAAAUUAGCGCGCGAAAGAGGGGUCUGGGGCCUGAGGCGCGAGAAGGAAUCAAACUUGAAAUGAAGUCAUUCAUGAACUGUAAGUCGUAUACUAUUGUCGGUGUGUACCUAAUGGUGAGGUUAAAACACGUGGUAGUACGGUAACAUAAUAUCCGCCACAUGGUGUGUAAUACAUAGUUCGAGAGUUAAGUGCCUUAAAUUUUUUGUUUUCAAAAUGAAGACUGUAAGUGAACGAAUUAAUAAUGACGAUAACAAUAAGGACAAUGACAGCCCUUCAGAUGGGGUUAAGAUGAAAAAAGAAUUGGGUUUAUUGGACGGUGUAGCUAUUAUUGUUGGGGUUAUAAUAGGUUCAGGUAUUUUCGUAUCGCCGAAAGGUGUUCUGAAAUUUUCUGGGUCCAUAGGAAUUGCUAUUUUGGUAUGGAUAUUAUCGGGAGUUUUGUCCAUGAUUGGAGCUUUAUGUUAUACAGAAUUAGGAACAAUGAUCCCCAAAUCGGGGGGAGAUUACGCUUACAUAAAAGAAGCUUUUGGUCCGUUACCAGCGUUUUUGUACCUCUGGGUGGCGUUAUUUAUUUUGGUUCCUACAGGAAACGCCAUUACAUCCAUAACAUUUGCUCAAUACAUUCUGCAGCCCUUCUGGGGCACAUGCCCUGCUCCCUUCGAAGCUGUUAGGCUUUUAGCGGCCGCGACGAUUUGUAUUUUGACGGCCAUCAACUGUUACAACGUAAAAUGGGUGACCAGAGUUCAAGAUAUAUUCACAGCGACGAAAAUGUUGGCCUUAGCAAUAAUUGUGGUGGCUGGAAUUUACUACGCAUGUGCAGGACAUGUCGAGAACUUCAACAGGCCCAUCGAAGGUACAAAUUGGGAUCCCGGACACAUUGCGCUCGCGUUCUAUUCAGGACUUUUUUCGUAUUCCGGAUACAACUAUUUGAAUUUUGUUACUGAGGAACUCAAGGAUCCCUACAAGAACCUUCCAAAAGCCAUUUGCAUCUCAAUGCCAGUCGUAACAGUCGUCUACGUAAUCACAAACAUUGCAUACUUCGUAGUUUUAAGUAAAGAUGACGUUUUGUCAUCAGAUGCAGUAGCAGUAACAUUUGGAGAUAAAAUGUUGGGCAUGUUCUCGUUUCUGAUGCCCGUUUUUGUUGCCUGUUCCACGUUUGGAUCGCUCAACGGCGCAAUUUUUGCUUCGUCGAGGUUGUUUUUCGUCGGCGCCAGGGAAGGACACUUACCGAGGGCUAUUUGUUUAAUUUCACUUAAGCAUUUUACUCCCGUACCAUCGUUAGUACUGUUGGGUUUAAUUACAUUGGCUCUAGUAAUGGUGGAAGACGUAUACGCCCUUAUAAAUUACUGUUCCUUCGUAGAAGCUCUUUUCAUCGCCGUCAGCAUUCUAGGACUGCUAUACUUGCGCAAAGUUAGCCCAGACGUGCACCGACCGAUAAAAGUGAAUCUCGUGUUACCUGUCACGUUCUUUGUGAUAUGUGCCUUCCUUGUAACGUUACCGUGUUACGUUAGCCCCGUGGAAGUCAGUGUGGGUGUGGGUUUCAUUUUAUGCGGCAUCCCCGUGUAUAUGGUGACGAUCGGUUGGAAGAACAAACCGUACUGGUUGAAUAAAGCUUUUAACGAUGUUAACAAUGGCUGUGCUAAAUUAUUUAUGUGCGUUCCUGCGGAGAGUGAAAAAGAUUUUUAAUUUUUUUUUAUAUUUGAAUCCAAAGACCGAAUUCAUAAUUUAUUUAUUAGUUUUAUUUAUUUGUAUUUCUUAGAGAAUUAUGAGAUUUGUUUAAGUGCGUACUAGGGAUGCAUCGAUGCUGUGCACUUUGUAUAUUCUAAAAUCAUUAAAUAUGUAGGUGAAGGUGCAUUCCUGGUAACUAUCUAUUGUAUUAUUCUUGAUUAGCAUUUUUUUAUGUAUUUUUUUUUUUUUUGGAAUCUUAUAAAACAUUCCAGUUUUUUUAUAAAUUGUUUUAUGAUUAUUGUAUUUCUACAAUUGGAAAUUGAUUUGGUUUAAUUGUGAAUAAACCCUAUAGGCAUAGCAAAUAAAUUAAACAUUUAUUUCCUUACAUUAACGUUUUAUUA